AUGGAAACAACUACUCUUGUUCGUUUUGACCAAAAUGAAGAUGCGAGCUUCUACUUGUGCCGUCAAUGCAAAACUCAUGUUGCUUUGCAGCAAGAAUUGCUCCACAAGAUUGUGCAUAACCACCAUGGACUCUUCAACAACAUGGUCAAUGUGGCUCUGGGCCAAAACUACGCGGUCGUAACUGAUCAAAUUACAGCUACUGCUUCCUGCAUCAAUUGUAACUCAAACUUUGGAGCCAAAUUUAUUUCUUUGAAGUUUGAGACUCCUGCUAUUAAAGCUGGAAGAUUCAUGAUUGACAUGACUAAUCUGCUUCUGUGGAAGGGGAAUCGGCUGGUGUAUGCACACACAGAGGAGCCGGUCCAGAAUGCAUGA